AUGCCUUCCGAAAAGCGCACCAAAAAGGUCGCGCCGUACGGCUUCUGGGACUCGCCCAUCUCGACCGACCUCCUGCUGCAAAAAGCCACCGGUCUAUCCGAAGUGUUCGUACCUGCCAACUCCGAAACGAGUCAAGAUGUCGCCUGGGUCGAACUGCGCAUGAGCGAGUCCGGCCGCUACGCGCUCAUGCACUCGACCGACCUCUCCUCCGACAAAGCAGUCGACGUCACCGCGGGCAAGUACAGCUCGCGAUCGGGCGUUCACGAGUACGGCGGUGGUGCAGCAGCUAGUCUCGCCGACGGCAGCUUCAUCUUUUCCGACUACAAUCCAAAGUCGUUCGACGUGCUCACAGCCAAGCAGGGGGAAAAACCGCAGGUGGUGACGCCCGAGAAUGCAGCGAUUAGGUAUGCUGAUUUCGGACCUCAUCCUACGGACGCAGCGCUGUGUCUGGCGGUGCAGGAGGACCAUACGGAGGAUACACCUUCGACGGUGGUCAACUCGAUCGUGUUGCUCGAUCUCAGCUCGAAGCCAGCCAAGAUCCAUACGCUGCUGCAGGGUAGGAAGGCGGAAGAAGGAACCGACGAGGAGGGACCGCAGAAGAGGGAUUUUUAUACAUUCGCCCGCUUCUCGCCCAACGGCAAGUACGUUUGCUGGGUCAGCUGGAGCCAUCCUAGCAUGCCUUGGUGGGAUACGCAGCUGUGGGUGGCCAAGGUGGAUCUCUCGAAUCGUGCAGCGCCGAAGCUCGUCUCGCCUACGCGGAUCAGAGUGGCUGCGACAGAGGUUGGGAAGCAACAGGUGCUGCAGCAGCCAGUAUGGGCGAUCCCGGCGAAUCCCAAGGACGACGCUGCCAAGUUGUUCUUUGCAUGCGAUGCAACGGGUUACCUGAAUCUUUACUCGUCAACCGUGACCUCAACCGCACAGGAUGACAGGUUGGCGGUGAGCACUCCGCAACCCAUCCUGCCCGACCCCGUCAAGCACGACUUUGUAGGUCCUGCAUGGACGUGCAACAACUCGGACUACAUCCCCCUCUCCCCAGACUUGUUGAUUGUAUCCUACUCGCAGGGUGCAAAGGAAUCCCUCGGACUCAUCAACCUCCGUCGACCGCGUCUGAUCCCUCUCACCUCUCCCUUCGUCUCGGUCUCGCAACUGCGUCGUCUCAGCUCCACCUCGUUCGUCCUCCUCGCAACGCGUCCUGACGAACCCACCUCGCUCAUCCGCAUCGACCUCCGCAACCUCGCCUCGAACAACUACACUAUCGCUCCCUCGAACAUCACCGUCAUAAAACGUUCCUCGACUCUGAUCUCCGAUGGAGUGAUCGAUAGUGCUUACCUCAGUACGGCCAGAGAGGUUGAUUUUCCGACGACGUUGCCCGGUGGAGGGAAGGCUGUGGCGCACGCGAUCGUCUUCGAACCGGUGAACAGGGAGUUUGUGGGGCCGAGGGGGGAGGCUCCACCGUGCGUGUUCAAUGUGCAUGGGGGACCGAGCGCUAGUGCAGGGAUGGGGUUCAAUUUGCAGACGCAGUUUUGGACGAGCAGGGGGUUCAUGGUGUGCAGUGUGAACUACGGUGGCACGACGGGCUACGGGAGGGAGUACGAGGAGAGGUUGAGGGGCGAGUGGGGGGUUACGGAUGUGGUGGAUUGUGUGGCUGCGGCGAGGUUUUUGGGUAGUAAGGCGAGUUUGGAGGAGAGGAGGUUUGGGGAGCUGGCGGAGGCGGAGCAGGAGGAGGUGAGGAGACAGUUGCAAGAGGAUGGGAAGGGAGAGCGGGCGGUGGUGGAGGAGAGAUUGGACGGAGGAGGGGUGAAGGUGACGGUGCGGAAUACGGAGGCGGCGUGGGGGUGGACAGAUCUGGUUGUGGCCGGGGUCUCGGUGGGUGUCGCGGUGGUCGGGGUGAGGUUCGUGGGGAAGGUGAUGCAGGACUACCCGCAUUGCAUCCCGAGCAUCGUCCGGCCUGCGACGGAUUGGGCGAGGAAUGCGGUCAAGCUCGGAGUCGCGAGCCUGUCGGUUUUGCCGUACCUGACAAGCAAGCUCGGCAGGAUCGUCAGCGAGAGCGUCGCCGUCCUGCCCGGACUCGGCGUCCAGGUCUCCACCACGCGUGGCUUGACUCUAUCCUCCUCGAGCAAACCGGUGUUCGAACGAAGCAGUGCCAGAUUGAUCCCGGAAGAUCGGGUUGUAGACGUCUACGUUGGCGAAGGGUAUAGGUACUUUAGCGUGGUGGAUUAUCUGGCGCUUGUCACCACCUCGCGUAGCGGUGGGGCGACCACACAACCGCUGUUCUCGCAUCUUCUGCCUCGACUUUCCACCAUCCAACGGAUCUACAAGACGCUUCACCCCCAUCUUCCCACCAACCACACCUCAAAAGACCGUUCGAAGCGAACCGGUCGAACAUCACUAGCCGACCCCAACGCGAUGCUCAUCAGCGGUGGAAGUGCAAGAGGCUACACCGUGCUGGCCUCUCUCUGCUUCCAUCCGCACAUCUUCUCCGGCGGUGUGUCUCGCUACGGAAUCUCGUCCCUCUCGCUCCUGGCUGCGGAAAGUCACAAGUUCGAAUCGCGCUACCCCUUCCAGCUCAUCGGUGGAACACCCGAGUCUCAUCCAGACGUCUACCACGACCGUUCACCCAUCUUCUACGCCAGUCAUAUCAAAGCUCCCAUCCUCCUCCUCCAAGGUUCCGAGGACAGGGUGGUACCCAAGAGUCAGGCGGAUCAGUUCGUACAGGAACUCAAAAAGGGCGGUGGUAAGGAAGGAAGGGAUUGGAGGUACAAGGUGUACCAGGGGGAGGGUCAUGGAUUUAGAAAGGGGGAGAAUGUUAAGGAUGCGUUGGAGGAGGAGCUCAGGUGGUGGAGGGAGAAGUGUCUCAAGUCGUAA